AUGCUGGCGACGACUGGCCUAGGGCUCAUAAGCGAGCUUAUAAGCGACCUCCGACACAAGCAUGGUUGGGCUACCUCUUCCCAAAUAGCUCUCAUCUCCUUUAUCACCUAUAAUGUCGCGUGGCUUAUCUACGCGUUAUUUUUUUCAAGCCUGCGAAAGAUCCCCGGUCCCUUCCUAGCGAAAAUUUCCCGAAUCUGGGAGAUGAGAAAGGUGGCCACUGGGAACAUACACGAGAUCAUAGUGGAUCUACACAAGUGCCACGGACCCAUCGUUCAGAUAGGACCUAAUCGAUACGAUUUCGACACCAUGGAAGCUGUUAAGAUUAUCUAUCGCAUCGGCAACGCCCUUCCUAAAUCUGAUUUUUAUAUCCCCUUUGGCUUACCAUCGUACCCAAAUCUUUUCGAUGUGCGAGACCCCCGACGCCACGCACAGAUAAAGAAGGAGAUCGGAGCGCUGUACACCGUGACGGCUUUGAUGUCCUACGAAAGCGGCGUUGACGGUCAGACGGCCAUCUUGGUGGAGCAGCUGCAGAGGUUUUGCGACCAGAAGCAGGUCAUUAAUCUGCCUCAGUUUCUCCAGUACUAUGCAUUUGACGUUAUUGGAACUAUUACGCUUGGCGAGUCCAUGGGCAUGAUGGAAUCGAAUUCAGACACAAACGGCGCAUGUAGCGGUUUGGAUUCUUUGUGGCACUACGCGUCCGUGAUGGCCCUUACACCCAGCUUGCACGCCUGGUGGAUACGGAUAUCCGCAUUCCUGCCCGUCUCAGUUCCCAUGACGGGACUGGUUGCAUAUGUUGACACGCUGAUUCUUCAGUACAGACAAAAGGCAGCAGAGCUAGGUGACGAAGCCGUACUCAAAGGCAAGGGCAACUUUCUGGCCAAGAUGCUCCUCAUGGAGAAGCAAGGCAAAGCUACUGCGGAAGACACUCGACAAGCUGUCAAUCUGAACAUUGGUGCAGGCUCCGACACGACGGCCAAUGCCCUUAGCUCUAUUCUUUACUACCUAUACACGAACCUACACACUUUAAGCCGUCUUCGAGAGGAGUUGGACACUCACAUCAAGGCGGGAUCGGGGCCCUUCAGUUUCCAAGAAGCACAGAGCCUACCCUACCUCCAGGCGGUGAUUAAGGAAGCCCUGCGGCUCCAUCCAGGAGUGGGUACACAACUCACACGUGUCGUCCCAAAAGGUGGCCUAGUCAUUGAGGGACAGUUCUUCCCUGCGGGCACUGAGGUGGGUGUCAACGGAUGGGCCCUUUAUCACAACAAAGCUAUUUUUGGCAACGACUCGAGUACAUUCCGUCCAGAGCGAUGGCUAGAACCAAGCGAGAACUUGAACAUUGGUGGAUCUUUUGCGUUUGGAGCCGGUUCUCGAUCAUGCAUUGGCAAGAACAUUAGUAUCUUAGAGAUGUCAAAGGCAAUUCCCCACAUUGUCCGGAACUUCGACAUUGAGAUUAACCAUGGGGAUAUGACAUGGAAGAACGAGUGUUGGUGGUUUGUCAAGCCCGAAUACAGGGCUUUGAUCAAACCUCGGACAGCUUAG